CUGCCGGGAGCCGAGCCUCAGAGGGGAGCAGCGCGGGCGGGGACUGGCAUGGUGUAGUGGGGCUCCUGGGAGAAGGUGCAUGGAUCCCGGCGCGGCGAGAUCGCAGGACACUCUGAGGGCUCCGACGGCCUAGGGUGCAGCGAGUCCUGGCCCUUGGUUGUGCAGUCCAGGGGACUGGGUGGCAUGCUGGACCCAAGCUCAGCUCCUCGUCCGGACCCAAUAACAGCUUUUCCAAGGGAGCAGCUUUCUGUCCUGGCCACACUGAAGUGCACAGCGUAAUGUCCAUGUUGUUCUACACUCUGGUCACAGCUCUUCUGAUCGGCACACAGGCAGAACCACUGUCAGAGAGCAAUGUUCAGGCAGAGCACGCCCUCCCCUUAGCCCACUGGACUAAACUCCAGCACUCCCUGGACACAGCCCUCCGCAGAGUCCGCAGCACCCCAGCUGGGGGCUUAGCGGCCAGGGUGGCCGGGCAGACCCGCAACAUCACCGUGGACCCCAAACUCUUUCGAAAGCGCCGGCUGCACUCGCCCCGCGUGUUGUUCAGCACCCAACCACCUCCAGAGGUCGUGGCUACUCAGGAGCUGGGCCUGGAGGCCGAGGAUGCCGCCUCCUUCAAUCGGACUCACAGGAGCAAGCGGUCGGCCUCGACCACGCACCCCAUCUUCCACAGGGGCGAGUUCUCGGUGUGCGACAGCGUCAGCGUGUGGGUGGGGGACAAGACCUCUGCCACGGACAUCAAGGGCAAGGAGGUGACGGUGCUGGGCGAGGUGAACAUCAACAACAGCGUGUUCAAACAGUACUUUUUCGAGACCAAGUGCCAAGCCCCAAACCCCUCCGACAGCGGGUGCCGGGGCAUCGACUCCAAGCACUGGAACUCCUACUGCACCACCACCCACACCUUUGUCAGGGCGCUGACCAUGGACGGCAAGCAGGCGGCCUGGCGCUUCAUCCGCAUUGACACGGCCUGCGUGUGUGUGCUCAGCAGGAAGGCCUCCAGAAGAGCCUGAGCCCUGCCAGCCGCCCCCACCCUCUCCCUGCUCCCCUCUCCAUUAUCCUGGGCCCCUCCCUACCUCAACCUGUAAAUUAUUUUAAAUUAUGACUGCAUGGUAAUUUAUAGUUUAUACAGUUUUAAAAAAACAUAAUUUAUUAAAUUUUUAAAAGCAUCCUA